AGAGAGUGAGAGGAGGAGAUUACAGAAUCGAAGCAAAAAAAAAUCGAGGAAUUAAUCUUGUGAAUUAUUUGCACUGAAGAAGAUUUUGUUCUCUCUGCCCCUUUCAUUUUUAGAUUUUCUCUCUCUCUCUCCACUCCCUGUUUUUGGUUUUGUUUGGAUUUAUUAUUAUUAUUUUUGUUGUUGUUGCUGUUGGGUGAGUUGCUGCUGUUGGGAAGAUGUCUGAGCUGCUCUGCGAGCUGCUGGGGGAGCGGCUGAUGGACCGAGAUCAGGCCGAGGUGGAGUGCUCUCCGCUGGGCACUGACGGCCGCCUGGUCGCGCUCUACUUCGGCUGCAGCUGGAGCGCCUCGUGUAAGGAGUUCACGGCGGCUCUCGCCGACUUCUACAGCCGCUUCAAGCAGGGGGAGAACGGCGACAAGCUGGAGGUGGUGUUCAUCAGCUCCGAGGAAGAGUACAAACCCUGGAAGGAGUUCGUCGGCCAGAUGCCUUGGCUAGUGCUGCCUUUCCAGGACAUGGAGAGGAAGAUAAAGCUGUGGAGCAAGUAUAAAGUGACCAAUGUUCCGUCACUAAUUUUCAUAGAGGGCAGCACGGGAAGGACCAUCAGCAGGAACGGCCACCUGAUAAUCCGGGAUGAUCCUCUAGGGUCGGAGUUUCCGUGGGGCUCCAAAUCCUUUGGUGAGGUAAUGGCUGGAUCACUGAUCAAGAACAACGGGCAGGUCGUGGACAGCACUGCACUGGAUGGCAGUUACGUUGGUGUCUACUUCUCUGCACACUGGUGCCCUCCUUGCAGAAGUCUCACCCGAGUGCUUGUGGAGACAUAUCGGAAAAUCAAAGAGAUGGGACACAAGUUUGAGAUUGUUUUCGUCAGUGCUGACAGGUCAGAAGACUCCUUUAAACAGUAUUUUAACGAGAUGCCGUGGUUAGCUGUACCGUACACCGAUGAAGCCAGAAGGUCACGGCUCAAUUGGAAUUAUGGCAUACAAGGCAUUCCUACUCUCCUUAUCCUGGACCAGGAGGGAAAGAUAAUCACACGCCAAGGGAGGCCGGCAGUGCUCAAUGACAUAGAUUGCAAAGAAUUUCCGUGGCAUCCGAAACCAGUAUUAGAACUGAAAGAGUCGAACGCCUUGCAGCUGAAUGAGAGGCCUAGCCUUGUUCUGUUUGUAGAUUCUGAAGAAGAGGAGUUGGAGCCAGCGAAGCAACUGAUCCAGCCAAUCGCAGAAAAGAUUUUCUCAGAGCACAAAGCGAAAGAUGAGGAUCCACCACUGCUGUUCUUUGUUGCAGGAGAGGAUGACAUGACGGAAUCGCUACGGGAUUUUACGAACCUUCCAGAGUCUGCUCCGCUCCUCACCAUCCUGGACAUGUCACAGAGAGCCAAGUACGUCAAAGACGUGGAGGAGAUCACGCCUGCGAUUGUGGAAGAGUUUGUGAAGGCAUUCCUGAAAGAGAAACUAAAACCAGAGCCAAUCUGAAGUCGCCAACGAGACAGAAUAUUUAACACUCUCGGCUGAUUUUCGUUCAAAAGUUCUAUUUAAACAAAAAAAAAUCAAAACCAAAAAAAAAGGUCUUUCUAGCUAUUGAAUUUCCAUUCGUUCUAACACAGCGGUCACAAGCAUAUCCUUGGAGGAGGCUUGUUGGCAUCUCCUUUCUCUGCUUUAGCUGGCCGGGUAGGAUGACCCUGUUACGAUGAAUCCAGUUGGCAGCUUGCUCCAACGCAAGCUCUGGCAGAUCAUUAACAUUUCUGAUGCAUCGCCCUAAAUCUCGCUCGGGCCUACAAUCCCUUCCAGCUUGAGAGCUUUUCGUUUUUGAAACAGGCCUCUGUUCCUUCACUGACAACCUCAUUGAGACUGGGCUGGCUUUCGACCCCACUGUUCGAAUCCCCCCCCUUCACCAACCCACCAUGAUCAUGCACUUCUGAGGAGUUUCCCACUGACUUAUUUACACCCCGCACCCCUUUUAAUCUCUCCCUUUUUUAAAAAAAAAUUGUAAUCUGGUCCUGUUACAAUGUUUUAAAUUAUUGUGAGAUAAGUCUAAUAAACCUGGCAGCAGACGCAUUGAAAAUA